AUGUCAACGUCGUGGCCUGCGCCUGGCCCGAAGGAUGAGGAAGGGUCCGGAAUUGGGGGGGCGGGGAGGGGGCGCUGCCUGCGCGGGUUUCAGUGCGCAAGCGCGCGAGGCUCGGGCCUUUCAAACCGCGGCGCGCCGGCGCUCGCGUCAACACUGCGCAUGCCCAAGGACUGCCCUGGGUUCUGGACCCGCCCCUCCUCAGCUUCUUAUAAGGGCUGGGGACCCAGGACAGCAGGUUCACUCACCAUGUGGCACUCCCCAAGACCUGGGACCUUUCUGCUGGCAUUCAUGUUGAUCUGCGCCCUUCCAGGUCUCGGGUGCCCACUAAGCUGUGAGGUGUGUAGGGGCUCCGGGCCCACGUGCAGCGGAAAAAUGAGGACCUGCGAGACCGGCAAGGACGCAUGCGUGGUGCUCGUGGGGGAGUCCAGCUCAAAGGGCCACCAGUCGGUGAACACCUACAAGGCCUGCAUGAAGUUCAGCGACUGCUACUCGGGUUUUGUGUCCACCACCAUGAGCCCCAAAGACUACAUGGUGUCCAACGCGCACUGCUGCCAGAGCGACGGCUGCAACCGCGGCUCCGUGCCCCCUCCCCAGAACAAUCGGACUGAGAACGGCCUGCUGUGUCCCUCCUGCAUCGCGCCCUUCCAGGAGACGUGCCCAGGGACCCAGGCCGCCCGCUGCGUUGGCCAGGAAACCCACUGCAUCUACUUUGCUGGCAACGUGCAGGCUGGUAUCAUCAACGCCAAAUUUGCCACUCGGGGCUGCGCUACGGAGAGUGCCUGCUACACCAGGGCUGGGGCCGAGGUGCCCUCGGCCUCUUAUCUCUACUUCCUCCGCCGGGCAGACUGCCUUCCAGCGCCCCAGCCCCCUGGCAGGGCUGAAUGA